AAUUUUUUUAGGGACGUAUGUCUACAUGUGUUCAAUUCACUCAACUGCCACAAUUCCAAGACAAACCACUGUCCAUCUAUACUGGCCCUUCCAACACGCGGGGUGUAGUCUCUCUUGCAUUUAUAGCCUAUGUUGAACAUCACUUGGGUCACAUGACCUGUGUGUCAGUGGGCUAUGAACCGUGCUAAAAUUGCCUCUAAAAAUAGGUUGGCAUUAGCUACUCUGCACGCCUACUAUAGGCUUGCCAACCAGACAACUGAGGCAUUUAUGGAGAAAUUACCAAAUUAAUUAAUUUAGUAUACGUGGCACAAGCUGUAGGCUAUUUAUGUGAUAUUUGUGUGCAGGGUAAGGUACCACACAGGCUCGUCAAAUGAUGUGUACGGCACUUGUCACCCAUUCUUCGUAUCUUCCGCUGGCUUCUAUUAUACUCUGCACACGUGCUCCAUUCGAAACUUAAUUUGCUGGCUCACUUCAUCGCAUUUUGAUCGCCAUUGGUUUGGGAUGAUGUCAUCCACUGUACAAACUCCACCUUCAUUUAGCCCCCUCCCCCUACCGCUUCUCUCUCACACGCAAUUCAUACACAAGCGCACAUUGACACGCGCUGGUGCCGACAUUGUGGGAGCUUGACCAUUUUAUCGAUCGGGGGGCCAAGGUGUUCGCUUUAUUUUGUUUGGUUUGCAGGAAUAAGGCUCCCACUUGUCGUGUAUUCCUGGACCGGUGUAAACAACGAUGACGCGAAAACACAGGGAAUGGAUCUCUUACAUAUAGCCCUGUUCUAUUCAUACUGGCAGAAUGUAAGAAUACACAGCAUACAAAUGCUUCCCGCAGCAAUUGUGCGGAAUCGUCGCCGCUAAACGCCAGCAUCGGAAUAAACAAAUAGCAUGACGAUACAACGGAAAUACCUUUUAUAACCUCUGCCUAGCCCCAGAUGCCUCCGCUGCCUCUUGACGAGCGGAUAGUGGUUAUUCAGCGCCCCAAAAGUUUGGCCCUUUGCGUGGCCUCCCCCCAAACCGCCCCCUCUCAACACAGCAGCAACACCCCCAGGUACAAUCCCCAAUCCCAACACCCCCUACCCCAGGCCCGCAUCCACCCGCACCCCCCCAGUGCCGGCGGUGCUUCUCUGGAAUGCAAGCGCCGGUCCCGCUCACAGAAAGUCCGCGGAGAGCGAGGGGCAGGCUUGGAGAACAGCAGCGGAGGCGUCGACCGAGUGCUUAGCCAUUGCCAUAGCAACGGAACGGUCACGCUCGGGCCGAGACCCCACAAGCACACACAUACCAUCGACAUCCGCCUGACGUUGGACAAAGGAGGAAGAAGCGGCAGCGGCGGCAACUCCACGGAUAAGGGCCGCGGCAGUAGUCCCACGCGUGGAGGGAGCGUCCGAAACAGCCGAGGAAGGAAGGUCUCAUUGCACGUCGACCCUGUCCAGGCCGAGCGGAGGAGUGGUGGGGGUGGCGGCAGCUCCCUCGGGAAAGGGAGCGCUGUCCAGAACUUCCACCAGAACCAGCUGUCUGUCUCCCCGGGAGGGGAUCUAGAGUUCGUCCCAGCGCAGCGGCAGCAGUCCAAGCCCAGGAAGGAGCGUGAAGCACACGUCACCAGCAACGGCUACUCCGCCUCCGGUUCCCGCGGCGACCGUGCCCCGAUCUCCAACGGCAACAAGGAGAACACCAAACUGGGCCCGGUGCAUCAGACGCCCAACCCCCACAGCCUGCCCCGCCACCAUGGCUCGACCCCGGCUCCCCAUGCCUCGCUCCUAAACUCCCACUACCCCCCUCCUCCUCCUCCUCACGCCCAGCCCCUCCUCCCCUCCUCCUAUUCCUCCGCUCACUCCCGCGACACCCCCGCCCCCACCACCUCCUUCCCCCAGCCCCAGCCCCGGCCCACCCGCUCCCGGGACCACCACCAGCACCACCAGCACCACCAGCACCGCUUCCCUCCUUCGCUCCAGCUUCACGGCUUCCCAGCGCUCUCCCCCACCCCCUCCUCCAGAGAAGGCUUCCCCAGCCCCGACCACACCUGCACCAUCGACCUCUCACACCCCUUCAGCUGCGGCUGCUGGAGGCUAGUGCGCUGCAGGGGCAGCCGAGGUCACGGUCACGGUCACGGGCACGGUCACGGUCACGGCCAAGGCCACGGGCACGGCCACUCCACCGGCAGCCCGUCCUCAUCCUUCUCCAGACCCCACGGCCCAGGAGGAUCGGCGGGCACAGCCCACGGCGGCGCUGCCAACAUGGGGUUGAGGACGCUGGGCGGCUGCCUGUCCACGGCCUCCACCACCAACACGUCCUCGUCCAACAGCACGGUGUCAGAGUGCCGCGCAGGUUUGCUACGCCCGCUUGGUGGCUGCGCGUCCUGCUCCAGUGAGACGGCCGGCGGCUACGAGAGCCCCGCUGCCUUCCGCAAGAAGCUAGUGGGCGGGUGUCUGCCGUGCACGCCGCUGUCGUCUGCGCCGCUGCGUGCGCUCCAGAGCUGCGUGAGCGGCUGCAACCCCAAGGCCAGCCAGACGGCCAGCUCCACCUGCUCCUACUGCAGCAGCGACCCCAUCGUCGUGACCUUUAACCCCCACCGGGGCAAGCAGCAGCCGCCGCUGCACGGCUCCGGCCGAGGAGGCUACGCUGCCGGUAGCCAUGACGAUGACGACUACAGCGUGCGGACCAUCUGGCCAGAGGAACUGGCGAAGAAGAUGACGCGCUCGAAGGCGCAGGGCAACCACCAGCACAUGGGCCCGGGCUCCAUGGGGCACGAGCAGAACGGUAGUCACGGAAACAACCCCGUCAUCCUGGACUGCCGGAAUCUUCUGGAGUUCACACGCUCACAGCUGACGGACCAUGCGGGCCGGCGCCGUCUGCAGCAGAGCAAAAGCGCGGUCCUGGACUUCAUUGGAUCGGGAGGGGCCGGGAGCAGAGACUCGGGACGGGACUCGCUGAAGCGCCUGUGGACCACCGGAGAUGCCAACGGCCUGGACGACGAGAUCAUCCCGCGCUCACCCUCCCCUCGGCCCCCCUCCUCCGCCCCACAGUCACCCCCCUCCUUCUCCCCCCCGCCCUCGGCCCAGGGAACCCUGAUCAAGCCCAAACCACGGCAGAGAGACCGAGAGGGGGGGCACUCGCUCCCCUCCGCUCAGUCCCUCCACCUGGUCCUCAACUCCCUCAACCAGGAGCAGGACGAGGAGAACGGGAGAGUGCACCUGACUCUGCCCCUGUCGUCAUCGCUCCCGGCCUCCCUGUCUGACGAGACGCUGAUGACUCCCGACGUGGAGAAUGCCGUCAUCAGCCCCAUCCUGCCCUUCCUCUUCCUGGGCAAUGAGCGUGACGCCCAGGACCUGGACCUGCUCCUGCGGGUCAACAUCAGCUACGUGGUCAACAUCACCACCCACCUGCCCCUCUACCACCUGGACACCGGCCUCGUGCGCUACAAGAGGCUCCCCGCCACCGACAACAGCAAGCAGAACCUGCGCCAGUACUUCGAGGAGGUGUUCGAGUUUAUCGAGGAGGCGCACCAGAGUGGCCGUGGCGUGCUUGUCCACUGCCAGGCGGGUGUGUCUCGGUCGGCCACCAUCGUCAUCGCCUACCUGAUGAAGCACACGCUCAUGACCAUGACAGACGCCUACAAGUACGUGCGCGGGCGCCGGCCGGUGGUCUCGCCCAACCUCAACUUCAUGGGCCAGCUGCUGGAGUUUGAGAGGGACCUCAACUCCGGGGUCACGCCGCGGAUCCUCACCCCCAAACUCACAGGCCUGGAGACCCAGGUCUAAGAGACACCACAUUAGAGAGAGAGAGGGAUGAGGGGACAGACGAGGGUAAAGCGUCAUUCGAGGAGAAGCUCCAGCUCCAGAGAAGCGAAAGACACACGGAGGGGAGAAGAGGCCUCACUGCAGAAAGGGGAAGUAAAGAAUAGCUCGAUUACUGUGAGUCCACCUCAUUCCCCACACGCUGCUUCCAAACCAGUCUUUGGCAGGACGCCUGUCACAUCUCUACCUGUCUACCUGCCUGACCCGGCUCGACCGGACCGGGCUCGCCAGUCCUCACUCUCCAUUUGUAACAACGUGCCAAGUUUUUAUAACAAUCUACAGCACCUGUAAUCUACCUACCCUACUUAUCUACAUACUACUAUUGUAUUACUGUUAAGAUUGCCAUUAUUAUUAUUAUUAUUAUUAUUAUUAUUAUUAAUAAUGCUAUUAUCAGUAUGAUAAUUAUUCAUCAUUGUCUAUGCAGUGGAAAUCACUGUGGGGUGAAGCAGUUAAAUGAGGGGGCACAGCCUUGAUGCACGACACGACAGUACAGAACUUUCUAGAACCCUCUGAACCCCCUUCCACCCCCACCUCCUGGAGACCCGAAAGCUGUGGGUUCUUUUCUCCUACCCAUAGUCCACUGUGGAGUCCAGGACCGCCCCUGUGUAAAGAGACCCAAAUGCCUGUUUGACCCCUAUGCACUUUAUUCCCCUCUGCUUUAGCACACACACACACACACACACACACACACACACACACACACACACACACACACACAGACUGUUUUUAUUUAUUUUUCUAGUCUCCCUACAAAAUAGGCAUGGCACAGAAGUUGGAAGAAAUAUAAUUUUUUUCCUG